UACCCCCAUCAUAUCUAAACAAAACACCCCCCUAAAAGUGUACAGUUUACGGCUGUUUCCGUCUUUUCGACAUGGCUGUACUGCUUUACGGCAGUGUAGUCACACGUGUUGUGGUCGCAUGGAGGACCGUUGCUGUCGGUAGCCACUGCUAAAGUUAUCAGUUGAAGAAUGUCGUUCAGAGGAGGUGGAGGUCGAGGCGGAAGAGGUGGAGGAUUUAACCGCGGUGGGGGAGGCAGAGGAGGCUAUGGCGGAGGAGGCUAUGGAGGAGGAGGCUAUGGCGGCGGCAGGGGUGGUGGUAGAGGAGGUUAUAACAGACAGCAAGACUUUGGACCCCCGGAUUAUGUUGUUGCUUUAGGAGAAUUCAUGCAUCCAUGUGAGGAUGACAUUGUGUGCAAGUGCACAACAGACGAAAACAAAGUUCCUUACUUCAAUGCUCCGGUGUACCUGGAAAACAAGGAACAGAUCGGAAAGGUGGACGAGAUAUUUGGACAGCUGCGGGACUUUUAUUUUUCCGUCAAACUGUCUGAAAAUAUGAAGGCGUCUUCGUUUAAGAAGAUGCAGAAGUUUUAUAUAGAUCCAAUGAAGCUCCUCCCACUGCAGAGAUUCCUGCCCAGGCCGCCCGGAGAAAAAGGCCCGCCAAGAGGAGGCCGGGGUGGGGGUAGAGGUGGAGGACGAGGCGGCGGUCGCGGAGGUGGAUUUCGCGGUGGACGGGGAGGAGGCGGUGGACGGGGCGGAGGCAGAGGUGGAGGAUUUGGGGGCGGUGGGGGAUAUGGAGGACGUGGAGGUGGCUUCAGAGGGAGAGGAGGAGGAGGCGGCGGCGGAGGACGUGGAUUCAGAGGUGGGAGAUGAUCUGCUGUGUGUCCAUAAUUCAUCCGGUUGUGCUGCGUGCCAGCCCUUUUCCAAAUGGAUACAUCAUUGGACUUUACCUCUUGGAUGGAUUUGUUUUCUGUUUCUUUUUUUUUAACAAGUAUGAGUGAUGGACCUUUUCUUUUUAUUUUAAGGGCUCAUAUUUAUGCUUGCGACAACUCCCCCGUCUCCUUUUUGUGCACAGGCAUGUUAUUGUCCUGUGGAAGUCAUAAAUAUUUGUACUUUGAUCAUGAAAACAUGCAUUCACAAACCAUCAUUCGUCACGUUUGGACAUGCGGGCAAAUGGGACCUUUAAAAUUGGUUGAAAUGUUUUUUAACAUUCAGAACUUGUCAACAGACAAUUUUGUAAUUACCUUUUUUGGUAUUCUAAAGAAUAAAAAAUUCUAAAAACUACCAUGGCUAGCAGUGGGCAACCUGACAGAUUAAAGUGACUGUUUUUCAAUGCUGGUUUUAAGACUUCUGAAAAUGCACUACUCCUAAGAAGUUUGGCUUUUGGGAGAAAUUUCAAAUUCUUCCGUUUUAUGGCGCUAAAGUAGCCACUAAACAGCUCAAAAUCCGUAAUGUGGACUAAGUUGUGUACCAUUUCAUAAAAUAGUUUAAAGAUUAAUCCAAUAAAUAUACUCUUAUUGGCAGUAAUUUGUUGACUGUCAGAGUCUGAAUUAAAUGGGAAAGAUGUAUUUGGGUAAAAUACAUUACAGAACACUGUGCUUUAAAAAAAAACAUUGUUCUAGAUAUGUUACACGUUGAGUAUUAACCUUUACCUUAGUAAGUUUUAUCAAAGUAUUGCAUUCUCCAAGAGUCUUUAUCUUGAACGUGUGCCAAUGAUUUUCUAAACCUUUGCGUCACUUGCAGUUAUAAAUGACAAUUUUGUUGGCCAUGAACAACUUCCCCUGGUUAUCAUAUGAAAACUUCAGUUCAGUUCACAGUAUUAAUUGUAGAAAAUCUGAAUUUAUUAAAGUAUUGAAAGCAGUUCCUACACCAGUCAAACAACUUGUACAAAACAUUGAUUUGGAGAGUCUGCCUCCUCCUAAUUUACCAGUACUCCACAUUAAUGAACAAGACUUUCUUAAAGAGAUACCAAACAAAAUCCUACGUAAUCAUUUGAAUAACACUAUAUAUCCAAUACGUUCAAAUAGAAACUCCAUUAUGCAGAAAUUCUCUGAUGUAGAGGUAAAAAAAUGGAGUACCCAAUAUCUAACAGUCCCUGUUAAGUCCAAAGGUGAAAAAAGUACAUUUUAAGACCUUAAAUGAGAUUUAUGCAUCUAGUGAAAUGCUAAGAGUAAGAUUUAAUAUUGAUCAUAACUGUAUUUUCUGUGACUCAGAGAUUGAAACCACAGCCCAUCUUUUCUUUCACUGUAUUUACACAAACAUUUUGGGAGGACUUGCUUUCUUCUAAAAUCCAGCUACAGGACACCCUCACGAUGGACAACAUACCUGUAUUAUGUGGGGUGAGCCUAAAGGAAUCGCAAACGGACUAUGUUAUAAAUAACCUAUUAUUACUCUCGAAAUAUUCAUUUCUCAAAAUGGAAAAAGUAAAGCCUCUUUUCACAGUGUUCAAAAAACAUCUUGUAGAAAAUGAUGUAACUGUCUUAAAAUGUAUGACAGGUUAAAAAAAACAAUGUCACUCUUGAAUGCAUUUGAAAAUAUUCGAAGACCUCUAGUGUUUAACAUACAAUUGUGUGAAUGUGUUUUACCUUGUGCCUUGAAGUUGUUGCCAAAUUGUAUAUAUAUACU